CUUUUCGAGCCUGGCCUGGAUGCACCUGACCGCAAUCACGUCCAGAGAGAACAGGAAAAAGAAGUCCCAGUGUGAGUAUGUCCUUUUUUCUCACUCGUCUUCAGCAAUUGAUCUUCUCACCUCGUUCGCUCCCACUGCCCGUCUAAUCAUCCUGGGAGUCCACGCAAUCCUCCGUCUCCUCCCUCUCCUCCCUCUCCUCCCUCUCCUCCUUCUCCCUCCGUCCUGGUUUUUACUUAGCCGUUCUCUCUCAUUCUCGAGAUUGUCUUCCUACAGAUCCUCUUCUUCUUCUUCUUCUUCUUCUUCUUCUUCUUCUUCUUCUUCUUCUUCUUCGACUCAAACCCACCCAACAGCUCCCGCGCCCUCCUCCCUUCUUUCCUCCCAGGCUCUUCCUCCUCCUCCUCCUCCUCCUCCUCCUCCUCCUCCUCCUGUUCUUCUUCCUCUUGUCCUCCUCCAUCUCCCCGUAACCUUCGAGUGACGCGAACUCUGGGGAGAGAGAGAGAGAGAGAGAGAGAGAGAGAGAGAGAGAGAGAGAGAGAGAGAGAGAGAGAGAGAGAGGUGAUUGGUAGGAGUGACACGUCAUCAUGCUCAGGUGUGCGGGGAUAAUGAAGCCGUGCAUCGAAAUGACAUUCAACGACGAAUUAGUGAAGAUGCCGCGGAAAGUAUUGGAGUAUUUUGAGCGUGAGGCGUCGGAUACGGUUGAUGGCCCUCGUCUCACAGCCGAUGGACUCAAACGGAUUCUCGUAGAUCUGCAGAAAGCACCUGAUCACAUCGACGCUGGGGCUAUCAUCCGCAAGAUUGUCGCUCGACCAAGGGGUCAUGGCACAGGUUCAGCAGAGGGACUUACUUGUGAGCAGUUCCUUAAGUACCUGCAUGAUGUGCAAAACACUCCACCCUGCAUGGAUAAGGUCAUUCACGACAUGACUGCACCUCUGAAUCAUUAUUACAUUAUGACAGGGCAUAACUCUUAUCUGACAGGAAACCAGCUGAGCAGCAAAUGCAGUCCUGAGCCGAUCAUAAAGGCACUCCGCGAUGGCGUCAGGGUGAUUGAACUGGAUUUGUGGGAAGCAGGAGGUGAAAUCGUAGUGUUACAUGGAAGGACACUUACACCAUCCGCAACCUUCGAAGAAUGCUUGUGGGCAAUCAAGGAACAUGCUUUUGUUGCCUCCCCGUACCCUGUCAUUGUUACACUGGAAGAUCAUAUGCCGCAAUCUCUACAUGGCAAAGCUGCAGAGCUCUUGAAGAAAGUAUUCGGUGAACAAUUGUUCAUACCAGACAGCACUGACGCCCCGGAGUUCCCUUCACCACAGUCACUGAAAUACCGAAUCAUCAUCUCAACAAUGCCACCAGAGGUUAAGACAAUGCCUUCACAGCGGAUGAACUCCAAUUCUGAACUUCGUCAGAAAUCAACGGGUGCAAGGAAAAAGCAUGUCUCCAAAAUAAGAAUGAUUAUGUUGUCUGUACAGAAGAAAAAAACAAAAAAGGAGGAGGAUGUUGAUGACGACCAGUGGGGCCUGGAACCGGAAGACAUUGUGAAUCAUGAUGAACCUGAGUCUGACAGUGAUGAAUCUGCAGAAUCAGACUCAGAGACUCAGCUUCAGAUGACAUUGAACGGCGACACAAUGGAGUACAGAUCUCUUAUUCUCAUUCAUGCCGGAAAGCCCAAGAGUUCACUGAGGCAGGGAUUGCUCAUCAAGGAGAAGAAAGCAAAGAGACUUAGCCUCAGCGAGGUUCAACUUGAAAGAGCAGCAAAGAAGUAUCCGAAAGAACUAGUCCGAUUCACUCAGCUGAACAUGCUGAGGAUUUAUCCGAAGGGAUCGAGGGUGACAUCAACCAAUUACAACCCCAUGACAGCAUGGGCGCAUGGCGCACAAAUGGCGGCAAUCAACAUGCAGAAGAAAGGCAGGAUGCUGUGGCUGGUGCAUGGCUUCUUCAAGGCAAAUGGAGGGGUCGGGUAUGUGAAAAAACCCGACUAUCUUCUCCCUUCGAAAAGAAUGCCAGAGUGUGAUCUUGACAAAGAGUCUGAGGAGCUGGAGGGACUGCGUCUUCCACCACGUAGAGAUUCAGAAAACUUGUGGCCUAUCAAGAUGACACUUAAGGUGACAAUCCUUCUUGGGAGAGGUUGGCUAGAGAGUCUUGGGAAACAUUACUUUGACCGGUGGUCAGCCCCAGAUUUUUAUGUGAAGGUGUAUGCAUUGGUAGAAAUGAAGUACGAUUCUUUGUCCUUCGGUGACUCAGAGGCGCUAAGGCACUAUGUCAGGGACUCGCAGACAGCAGCGAUGGAUCAGAAGGCAGGCGAGGCCGACGAGGCCUACGAGGCACGGCUGGCGGCCAUCUUGGCCGACACCAAGCAGCGAGCAGACGCAGCGGCAGCAGCACGGAAGAAGAAAGAAGCAGAGGCAGAGAGACUACGUCUUCUGGCUGAAGAACAGCGACAGAAGCACGAGGCAGCAGCAGCCAGGGCCGCUGAUGAGGAACGCGUACGGCGACGGGAGGUCAUCUUCAGGGAGGAAAGUGCAUUACACGCACAGGCCAAGGAUUGGCAGAAGGAGGCCGAGAACGGCGAUCCCGUUGACGUCGGGAGCAGAGUAUCUCAGCUGCUCAACCGUGUCACGGACCUCCUCGCGACUUGCAUCGCGCAGCAGGAGGAUAUCUACUCUCUCGACCACACCAACAAGGCGUUACAGCAGUCGCUGGACCAGACGCGCAAGCGCGUUCAACAGCUGGAGCAGCGGGUCGCUAACGCCAAUGCCAACGUCGGCCCCUCCGACCUCGUCGACCGCGUCAACAUCUUGGAGAUAGACGUGGGGACACUCAAGGCCGGGGCGCAACAGCACGUCUGUGCCGCAGCCAGCUCCAGCACGGCGCCACGCGAGACCAUUGUCAAGUUUGACGGGCUCCCGAUCUUCUUCACCGAGUUGCAUAAGUACAUCACCUGGACGGAUCUCACGGCGGCAUGGAAGAAGCGUUUCCAAGCUGAACCGCCCGAGCACAAGGCGAUGGACAAACUGCUGACGUUUUCGCAGAACAGCAUGCCAAGCGGAGACUGGAUUUCCGAGUUCCAACGCCUCGCAAGCACGCCCAAGCUGCCGCUGAACUUCGACGGCAUCAAGCUCUAUUUCAUUAAGAGGUCGUGCCCGGCGUUGCAGAAUGCGUUGACUCAUGUCGCCGACACCCUCACUACAAGCGAGGAACUCUUCAACAAGGCCGCGCAGAUCAUUGUGACGAACUUGGCAGCCCGGAAUACGAGCUCUUCGUCAAAUGCCGGCCAGGGCGCGCACCAGCAUCGGCCUAAAGUGGCCGCGGUCGCAGCGGCAACGACUAGCGACCCUUCUACUUCAAACGAGGCUGUUUCGUCUGACGAGGGAGACAGACUCGCAGCUGCCCAAUUGGUGGCCGCCCCGCCAAAGGACGAGGACGUGGCAAGCCGAAGACCAACACCAAUAGUUCUUCUGGGCCCGGGCAAGCAGCUCCAGUUCACUUGGACAGCUGCGGAUCACACGGUCAACUUCCAUCAGCGGAUACUUACGGUUCGCGACGGGUUCGGCGCCGAAGUACCAUGUACGAUUCCUCCUCCGCACCCCUCGAUCCGGUGCCAAGUUGUAACCGCCAAGUCUUUUCGGGCCACUUGUGCUUACGAGCGGACCGAAGAGAUCGGCUUAUGUUUUCUUCGAACCGUCGCGGUAGCCGACUCUCAACCUACGGACUUGUCUUUAGACCCCCGAGUGGUGCGGUUGCUCGACGAAUUUGCCGACGUCUUCGAGUCACCUACUGGCGUGGUGCCGGAUCGGCCGAUCUCACACGAGGUCAUUCUUGAGGCUGGUGCCGUGCCGCCGAAAGGUUGCAUUUACCGCAUGAGCGAGGAGGAACUUACAGUACUCCGCGCGCAGCUCGACGACUUGUUGGACAAAGGUUGGAUCCGACCUAGUAGCUCACCCUAUGGUGCGCCGGUUCUCUUCGUUCGGAAGAAGAACAAGGAUCUUCGCCUAUGCAUCGACUACCGCAAGCUCAAUGCGCAAAACGUCAAGAACGCGGGACCUCUUCCUCGUAUUGACGACCUUCUGGAGCGCUUGGGCGGCGCGGAUUUUUUUUCCAAAUUGGAUUUGAAGUCGGGAUAUCAUCAAAUCUCGAUUCGGCCGCAAGAUCACUACAAGACCGUGUUCAAGACACGGUACGGGCACUUCGAGUGGGUUGUUAUGCCUUUUGGACUCACCAACGCCCCGGCAACUUUUCAAACGGCAAUGACCAGCGAGUUCUACACAAUGUUGGACCGGUUCGUGCUGGUCUACUUGGACGACAUCCUCGUCUAUAGCCGGACCUUGGAGGAACAUCUUGACCAUCUUCGACAAGUGUUGGAGACGCUUCGGCGCGCCAAGUUCAAAGCCAACCGCGACAAGUGCAAAUUCGUGCGUCAAGCGUUGGAAUACUUGGGCCACUUCGUCACUCCACAAGGCAUCAGUCCGUUGUCAGACAAGAUUCAAGCCGUCCAAGAUUGGCCGAAGCCGCGGAACGUCACGGAUGUCCGAUCAUUCCUUAAAACCUACUCGAAGAUCGCGGCUCACUUAACCAAGCUUCAAUGCGAGGACCGGCCGUUUGACUUCAGGACGGACGCGCGGGAAUCAUUCUUGGCCCUCAAGGCCGCCUUGCUUUCCGCAGAGGUAUUGCAGAUUUACGACCCGCUCUUGCCAACACGCGUCACCAAGGAUGCGUCCGGCUAUGGCAUUGGUGCCGUCCUCGAGCACAUGACGGCGUGGAUUGGCACCCGGGAAGCGAUUGCCAUGGACAUCACCGGGCCGUUCCCCAAGCACAAGACGGGCGUGGACGGGAUUCUCACGGUGGUUGACCGACUCACCAAGUUCGCCAUGUUCUUGCCUUGCCGCUACCAUGCCAAGGCACCGGAAUUGGCCGAGGUUCUCUACGUCGGUUGGAUUCGAACCAAGGGUUACCCCAAGGAAAUCGUGUGCGACCGCGACACUCGGUUCAUGUCCGACUUUUGGUUGGCGCUCAUCAAGCGAUGGGGCUCUUCCCUCAAGCUAAGUUCGGCUCGCCACCCCCAAACCGAUGGCCAAACGGAGAGGGCACAUCAGACCGCACAGGUCCUUCUUCGAACUCUCAUCCGUCCCGACCAAAAGGAUUGGGUCGAGCGGCUGCCGGAUGUGGAGUUGGCUUACAACUCGUCCAUCCAUCCGGCUAUCGGGAUGUCACCGUUCGAGUUUGAGCAUGGCUUGCCGGUCAACUCUCCGUUGGACACAAUCAUGCCACGGAUGACCGAGGGCGACAACCACCUUCUCUUCAUUCGUCGGAUGCAAGAGCUUCUUGUCAAGGCAUGUGACCAGAUGUCGAAGACGCAGCAACGCAUGCGCCAACAGGCCAACCGCCAGCGUCUUCCUUGUCCAUUCCGCGCCGGCGACCUGGUUCGUGUUUCUGGUGUGGAUGGAGAUUCAAAGAACUACACGUUGAAGCAACUGGAGGAUGAUUUCUACCCUUCUUGGGAGGAUGAGCUUUGUGAGUUCCCGCUCCGAGUUCCCGAGCUUGCUGUUUUGCGAAUCGAAGUGCACGAGUAUGACAAGAUGGGCAAGGACGACUUUGGAGGACAAACUGUUUUGCCUGUGUCUGCACUUCUACCAGGCUUCCGAUCCAUGCCCCUUUAUGACCGAGGUAUGCACAUCCUUGGUUCUGUCUCUCUCCUGACCCUCAUUGAGAUCGAAGAGCAUCAUCCCGUGCAAGCUGAUGACUCUGUCUGUGUGAGGGGCCCGUUUCCAUGGUACCUCGUUCCGGCACUCCCGGACCAGUUAAUGCUCCCGACAAUCGUGACUUGGGCGUACCAGAGGGAAAAUGCUGGCGGCAGCCGGCAAGAGUGUUACUCUUGCCUGCAACGGUUUGUUUCUCUUCGCGCCACGGAGCACAGCGCUCGUUCCAGCACUCCGGUUAAGGCUCUGAACAAUCGUGACUUGGGCGUACCGGAGGGAAAAUGCUGGCAGCAGCCGGCAAGAUUGUGCCUGCGACGUUUUGUUUCUCGUAGUGCCAGGGAGCACAGCACACUAGCAUCGGAAAACGGAGGAGGCGCAGGCGCGGACAGGGCUGGUCCGACUAUGCUUCAAUCUGGACUGAGGUGGGUAGGUCCUGCUUCGCCCAGCCCUGGUCGGGUGAACCCCGUUGAGUCCGAGAGUGGAAGGUUGGGCAGGAUUCUCAUUAAGAAAUUAUAGGGACCUCUACAGACCAUCUGGAUAUUAACCAAAUCUCCUUAACUGAGGACAAAUGCCGGCCUAUGUCUAGCAUCCAACCUCUCGAACAACCUGGCCUUUUCAAAAAAGAGGGGUGCUAAUGAAAAGUAGAGGUGUCUGGUGAAGAAAAAAAAAAAAAAAAAAAGUAGAGGGGUCUGGUCUGGUUGUCUGUUUUGUUUGUUUAAGGUUUAGGGUGUAUUCACACUCGCACUAUCUUCUUUCUCAUAAAUGUAUCUGACUGCAUUUAGGGCCGCAUAUGGACGUAUCUGGCCGCAGUUACGUCAGAGGUACGUGAAGAAGUCCUGGCCUCAAUUGUUUUUGACAGAAAAUUGGGAGCACUGUGGUUGAAUGUGGAAGCCAGCAGUACUCUUCAGGGGUGUAUUCACACUCGCACCAUCUUCUUUCUCAUAAAUGUAUCUGACUGCAUUUAGGGCCGCAUAUGGACGUAUCUGGCCGCAGUUACGUCAGAAGUACGUGAAGAAGUCCUGGCCUCAAUUGUUUUUGACAGAAAAUUGGGAGCACUGUGGUUGAAUGUGGAAGCCAGCAGUACUCUUCAGGACCAAGUUCCUUCCACCAGUGGAAUUCUAUGGGUCUGUUUCGUGAACCUGGGCUGUCUUAGGGGCCUGAUUCAUGCUUAUUCCUGU